UUAUAAGUCUACAUAAUUUCCUAUUAGAUUCUAAAUUGCCUCAGGAAGGCAAGCUUUGGAGUGACAAAGCAAUAUAUGGCAGUACAGAAAAUAAUCAAUGAAAGCUGCAGAGUGAACCUUACUAAAGUAAACGUUGCAAACAUCUGAUUCAGAGGACACCUCAACACAUUUGAUAACAGUUGUCCAAGAUUUAGUAUAACUGCUGCGUAUUCUUUUGUUUGGUGGAUUUAGAUCUCAUAUAUCCUUCCAGGGUUCAAUAGUAUCAGGCACUCUUCUGUAGUAGAGUAGUUGCAAUAUUUAGGCCAAUAUUGGAAUAUCUGAUGAUAGCAGAGUCUAUAUAAGCUAUUGGGUACAGUCCUGCUGUAUUGAUCAGUUCUACUCCAAGAAUCCAAUACUUUAUAUGAAGUCAAUAGUAAAAGAGGAUUAUACUUUCUGAAGAUCUAUACUGGCAGCAUUGGAGCAUCCAGCUCAGACGUACAACUGUAUUUCGCCUGUACAGAGCUUCAAAAUUUCAUUCUCACAUUUUCGUGAGGGAUUCAGUAGGAAUAUGAAUUUUUUAAGGAGGAGAUUUAGUUCAGGGGAUUUACAAGGGGAGCUUAAAGAUGAUGAUGAUGCAUCACUUAGUAUAUUAAACAGUUUUAAAAAAGGACCCAGCCCAAGUGCCCCAAGUUCCCCUUCAAAAUCCACCACAUCAGUUGGAAACAUAACACGUGGAUUAUUUUCAUCCGCUACACAACAACGACAAGUUUAUAACAAGGAUAGGUGUAAAACAUUACUUGUAAUAGAUGACCCACACACAGAUUGGUCAAAAUACUUUAGGGGAAAGAAAAUAUUUGGAGAUUGGGAUAUAAGGGUUGAACAGGCAGAGUUCUCAGAAAUCAACCUGGCAGCAUACUCAGACACAGGAACAAUGGUAGACAUCCAGGUGACACGCAAUGGGACACGUGUUGUCAGGUCAUUUAAGCCCGAUUUUGUACUCAUACGGCAAUAUGUUCGCGAUGCAAACUCCUCUUGGAAGAACAUCAUCUUAGGCCUUCAGUAUGGUUGCGUCCCAAGUCUCAACUCCCUUCACUCCAUAUACCAAUUCAUGGAUAAACCAUGGGUGUUUGCACAUUUAAUACAAGUCCAGAAGCGUUUAGGAAAAGACAAGUUCCCACUAAUCGACCAAUCGUAUUAUCCAAAUCAUAGGGAAAUGUUGAUAUCACCUCGCUUCCCUGUUGUUGUGAAGAUAGGACAUGCCCACGGAGGUCUAGGCAAGGUUAAAGUGGACAACCACCAUGACUUCCAAGAUGUUGCAAGUGUUGUAGCUGUAACCGAUUGCUAUUCAACAACUGAACCAUUUGUAGAUGGCAAAUUUGACAUCCAUAUACAGAAAAUAGGCAAUAAUUACAAGGCAUUUAUGCGAAAAUCUAUAUCUGGCACUUGGAAAGCUAACACAGGAUCAGCCAUGUUGGAACAGAUACAAAUGAAUGACAAGUAUAAGCUCUGGGUGGAUGAAUGCAGUCAAUUGUUUGGUGGGCUUGAUAUUUUAGCUGUAGAGGCAAUACAAGGGAAGGAUGGAAAGGAGUACAUCAUUGAGGUGAAUGACUCAUCACUGACCUUAUUAGGAGAGACGCAAGAAGAGGACAGACGUCACAUAGCAGAAAUAGUUAUGCAGAAAAUGCAGAUAUAUUGUAAACCAAUUCAGACAAUGAGCAAGACCACGAGUGCACACAUGUUAGGAAACUAUACUGGACCAUUAAAUGGCUCGGCCCAAGUGGGGAGUACAUCUCCCACCCCACAGCGUAUGCACCAACCUCCUGGGCCUGGGGGGCAGCCUAGAGCACCUGGGGGUCAGCAGCAGCAGCAGCAGCAGCAACAGCAGCAACAACAAGCACAGAGACCCCAGGGGCAACAACAGGGUCAGGUGUCUCCUAGACCACCAGGAGAAGGCCAACCACAGCAUUUGCAACGUUCCCCGCCCCAAAAUAAUGGUGCUGCCCGGCCAACCACCACACAGCCACCCCAGCAGCCACGUACAGCCCCACCCACACAAGCAGAGGUCGACAGUAUUGCCAGAGAUAUAGAGGGCAGCAGCGGAGAGACUGACGAUACUAUGAAAAACUUACGAAAUACAUUUGCUGGCAUUUUUGGAAAUAUGUGAUUUUUAUAAUCAGUAGAUUUACACCGUAACUUGAUUGUUUUUCACUGCCAAUUACCAUGCUGCAAUCAUAUUGUAAUCACACAAUGGUCAGACAAAGACCUAAAUUCCAGUCUCCGGGGGGGAACAUUUGAUAGAGUAACGCAUGUUUUGUAAUACAUAGGCGCAAACCAACUUCACAUUGGAACUAGAUAAAGAUGUACAUCAUAACACCAGUGUAACAAAUGGUUCCCAUUAUACAUGACUCAUACUGGCCUUGAUUGCAAAUAUGAGGCCUUCUGGGAUAUGAUGUACCUUGUUGGAAAUAUGAGGCCUUCUGGGAUAUGAUCUACCUUGAUUGCAAAUAUGAGGCCUUCUGGGAUAUAAUUUCCUUGAUGGCAAAUGUGAGGCCUUCUGGGAUAUGAUCUACCUUGAUUGCAAAUAUGAGGCCUUCUGGGAUAUAAUUUCCUUGAUGGCAAAUAUGAGGCCU